AUGAAUAUUACAACACAAAAUCAUACAAACGCGUCAGUUAAAUCAUCAAAAUUACAUCAAGAAAAAUCAUCAACUACUAAACCACUUCAACCAUUAGAUAUAAAUAAAAACAAAAGAAGCAGAGGAGUAAAAGAAAUGAAUGAUGUUGAAGAUAACCCUUUUCGAGACACAAAUCAGGAUAAACUAAAUUUAAAUAAGUCAUCAUAUACAUCUUUUUUAAAAACCCAAAAUUUACUAAAUACACCUGCAAUAGCCACAACCUCAAAUAAUCCCUUUAAGUCAAAUACAAUUUUUCAUGAUCAAGAAAAAGAAUCAAAUGCAAACCACCCGAUAAUUCCACAAUCACAUCAACAACUAACUUUAACACAAUAUAAUGAAUAUCAUGAAGACGAUGAAGAUAUAGCACUUGAAGUUUUAGAAGAUAUGCAAAAACUUGAACAAAAUUUUCCCAUAUUAGCAAAAGAUUAUAGAUUAAUUGAUAAAAUUGGAGAGGGAACAUUUUCAACUGUAUAUAAAGCCGAAGCAUUAAAUGGUUCAAUCAAUCAAAAAUAUGAUAUAUGGAAAUCACCACCAACUAAAAAAUCCAAAUUAACAAAAAAGAAUGCAAUAGUUGCAUUAAAACAAAUUUAUGUUACAUCAUCACCAAAUAGAAUUUAUAAUGAAUUAAAUUUACUUUAUAUAUUAUCCGGAAAUCAAAGAGUUGCUCCACUACUAGAUGUUUUACGUCAUCAAGAUCAAAUAUUAGCUAUAUUACCAUAUUAUCAUCAUUAUGAUUUUCGAGAAUUUUAUAGAGAUUUACCUAUAAAAGGAAUUAAAAAAUAUAUGUGGGAAUUGUUUUUAUCACUAGAAUUUGUUCAUAGUAAAGAAAUUAUUCAUAGAGAUUUGAAACCAACUAAUUUUUUAUAUGAUCCAUUUAAAGGCAAAGGAGCGUUAGUUGAUUUUGGAUUAGCUGAACAACAAAUUACUCCACUACCAAAUUCAGCAACUUCAUGUCCAUGUAAUUCAAAAACAAAUGUAUUAAGUCAUAAAUCAUUAUCAAGAAGAAUGAAUGUAAAAGGUGCUUAUCCAAAAGCAGAUAAUAGACCACCAAGAAGAGCCAAUAGAGCAGGUACCAGAGGUUUUAGAGCUCCUGAAGUAUUAUUCAAAUGUACAAAUCAAACAACUCAAAUUGAUAUUUGGUCAGCUGGUAUUAUUGGAUUUUCUUUAUUAACUCGUAAAUUUCCAUUAUUUAAUUCACCAGAUGAUACUGAUGCUAUAUUGGAAUUAGCUUGGAUUUUUGGAUAUGAAAAAAUGGUAAAAUGUGCAGAAUUACAUGGAUGUGGUAUGGAAAUUUCAAUAAGUGAUAUUUAUAAAUCAAGUGGUAAUUUAUUCAAGAUUUUAUUUGGAUUUUUAAAAGAAGAAAUUGAUAAUUCUAGUAUACCUGAUGAUUCAGUUAUAUAUGAUACUUUUAAAUUAUUUGAUUCCAAUGGUGAAAAAUUUUUGAAACCUUAUUUUGUUGAAGAUAAAGAUGAACCUUCAGAAAUGAAUGAAUAUCAAGCUAGGAAAGAUAAAGAAAUUGAUAACUAUAAGGAUCAUAAAUUAUUAAUGGAUUUAUUAUAUUCUUGUCUAAGAUUGGAUGCUAAUAAAAGAUUGACUGCUAAACAAGUUUUAAACCAUCCUUUUUUUCAAGAGUUAACUGAUGAAACUGUUUUUUAA